AUGGGAUCUCAUAAACAUGAAUUGCACGAGGCUGCUCAAUUUAAAGAAAGUAUUCACACUUCUCAUAGCGAAUUUCUCUCUUCUUUCCUCUCAAGGGAAGAGAAUGCUAACGAUGAGAUUAUCUAUUCGUACACAAACGAAAUCAAUGGGUUUGCAGCUCGGCUCGACGAGAACCAAGCAGCAGCAAUCGAGAAACAUCCAAAUGUUGUAUCGGUUGUAUUAAACAAACCGUUACAAUUACAUACUACACGUUCAUGGGAGUUUCUUUUCGGAGGAAAGGUUUCAACUUCCUCCCUUCCAAGUUCGCCAUUGUGGACCAAGAAAAUAUUAAUUUUUUCGAUUACAGGGGUUUGGCCCGAGUCGAAAAGUUUCUCAGACGACGCUUAUGGUCCGGUUCCUUCGCGAUGGAAGGGUUCUUGUCAAAACGAUACUCUAAUUGGUGUCCCUUGCAAUAAUAAACUAAUUGGGGCUAAAUUCUACAACAAAGGGAUAAUUUCAUCAGGAGAGAAAAUUAGCCCUAAUUUGAACUCUGCUCGGGAUUUCGUGGGACAUGGAACGCAUACACUUUCUACCGCCGGCGGAAACUUUGUCGCCGGCGCCGAUGUGUUCGGCGUCGGAAACGGAACUACAAAAGGCGGAUCUCCUAGAGCUCGUGUGGCUGCGUAUAAGGCAUGUUGGGAAAAAGGUUGUAGUGACCCUGAUAUGAUGGCGGCCAUGGAUGCAGCUAUCCAUGACGGAGCUGAUAUCAUCUCGUUAUCACUUGGCGGUGCUCUACGUCCUUAUAUGGAUGAUACCAUCGCGAUUUCCAGCUUUCACGCUAUUAAGAAAGGUAUUGUUGUUGUUUGCUCUGCUGGAAAUUCCGGACCUUCUCUUGGAACAGUUGCAAAUGUCGCUCCUUGGAUACUCACCGUUGGCGCUAACACCAUUGAUCGUGAGUUUGAGACGACGGUUAAGCUCGGCGAUGGCCGCGUCUUUCAGGGAACAAGUUUGACUAGGGGUUUAUCGAAUUACAAAUUAUAUCCUAUUAUUUCUGGAGAUCAAGCAGCUGUAACUGGAGUAUCUACAUCUGAUGCUUUGUUAUGCUUAAAUGGGACAUUGGAUGUAACAAAAGUUAAAGGAAAGAUUGUGGCUUGUGUUCGAGGGACAAAUGGUAGAGUAGGCAAGGGUUUGGAAAUUAUCGAAGCAGGUGGUAUUGGGAUGGUUCUUUGUAACAGUGAAACCGAUGGAAACGAUGUGAUAUCUGAUCUUCAUGUUAUCCCAACUUCACAUGUCAAUUAUACAACCGGUCUUUCUAUUUUGAAAUACAUCAAUUCCACUGCAAACCCGACUGCUUAUAUUUCUUCUGCAAAGACAGUUAUCGGCACAAAACCUGCUCCAACCAUGGCUUCUUUUUCCUCACGUGGUCCAAACCUAGUCACACCAGAAAUUCUCAAGCCAGACAUAACUGCACCUGGAGUAAAUAUCUUGGCCUCUUUUUCGGAAGGAACAAGCCCAGCAGAGAUUGAAUCUGAUCCGCGAAGGAGUCCAUUCGCAACUCAAUCUGGUACAUCUAUGUCUUGCCCUCAUAUUUCUGGAAUUGCAGCCCUAAUCAAGAAAGUCCACCCUGAUUGGAGCCCUGCUGCCAUUAAAUCUGCCAUCAUGACCACUGCCAGGAUAAGAGACAAUACAGGUAAACCCAUGCUUGAUUACGACGGUCAAAAGGCAACACCUUUUAGUUAUGGAGCCGGACAAGUACGACCAAACAGGGCAAUAAACCCAGGAUUGGUUUACGACUUAACCAUUAACGACCACUUGGAUUUCCUUUGUGCAAUCGGUUACAAAGAGAAAGAUGUUCAACUUGUAUCUGGGACACCUUACAAAUGUCCUAAGAAUGUCAAUUCUUUGAACUACAAUUAUCCUUCUAUAUCCAUCCCAAACUUGACCAAACCUACCAAAGUGACUCGAACUUUGAAGAAUGUGGGACAGCCGGGUGUGUACACAGCUCGUGUUCGUGGACCGCCUGGAGUAUUGGUUACUGUGGAACCUACUACCUUGAAAUUUGAAAAAGCUGGGGAAGAGAAGAGCUUUACGAUGAGUCUCGGAAAGAUAAAUGGUGCAAAUAUAACCCUAGACUUUGUUUUCGGAGAACUACUAUGGACUGAUGGAAAGCAUAAUGUGAGGAGUCCUAUUUCUGUUGGAUUUCAUGAUUUACAAUAUCUUACAAACCAACAAGCAACUACUGGUAUUUUCGAUAAGAAGAUGAUCUAGAAAGGAAAUAUAGUAUUUGUUUCUUUUUGUUUUUUUUUUCAUUGUAUCUUUUUU